CCAUCACUGUCUUCCAGACUAAGAGUGACGAUGGCACUGCCUGCGAGGCAGCUGGAGGCGAGUGCCACGAGGAAGGUGUCAGUAAGUGUGACAAAGUCUUGAGUGAUUACAACUGUGAUGACAAAACUGUCUGCUGCUUCACAGGUAAGACACCGUUGAACGUCAAGACAAAAAAUAUCUUAAAAUCGGGAAGAAGAAAGGGGAAGACAAUAACAGAGAAAGAUGGAGAAAGAGAGCCCAAAGCAAGACAGGGGAAGAGACAAAAUAAAGACAGGAAGGUUAUAAGAAAACUAAAAAACACGUUAAAGAAAACUCUGAUGAAAAGACAAAGAAAACAUGGAGUGUCUAAUGAAGACAAAGACGAGCCUAAGAAAACUCCAAAGAAACAACUGAAAUUAAUACAUAAAAAUAACAAUGAACAGCAAAGUGAAGCAAAGAAAAUAACCAGAAGAGGACAUAACGAGAAAUUAUCAAAACAGAAACAAAACAAACGCAGGAAAACCACGAGUCAGCAGAGGUUCAGGAAAAUUUCCGAAACAGAGAGAAAUAUUCAGAAGAAACAUCCCAAGACAAUUCAAGGAAAAACUACGAACAUUUACGAAACGAAAGACAACAAGACUAAGGAAACUCCCGGGAAGAAAGAAAGAAAAAAUAAAGGAAAAUCCGGGAUAAAACGAGGUGCAAACACGAAGAAAAGAAAGAAAGCAGAUAAAACCAAGAAAAGUCACGACAAUGAAAGAGAUCAAAAUAAACAAAGACAAAAGAAAAUACUCAAAAUGAAGAAAAUAAACAACGAGGCCAAAAAUCUUGCAAAUAAAACAGACAAGAAAAACAAAUCAGUAACGCAUCUCGGAGUGAAGAGAGACAGGAAAAGACAAGAAAACUCCAAGACAAAUCUCAGCAGGAAAGAGCAAGGUAACCAGAGUAACACUGGAGGAAGAAUGUUUGGAAUGAUGCCAAGAAGUAAACUGGAACCUUAUCAAACAGACUCGGUGGUAUAUUACCCAGGUAAGAUCACACUGAACCAUCGGAAGCUGUGGUGA